CCGUUCGCUCUCGUAUUCAAUCAUCCACGUUGUAUCUUCGCCGGAAAAUCGAGAGCUUUCUUCAACCAUGGCUGAGCAGCCGGCGGUCGAGUUGCCGGCGGUAGCUUCUCCGUCAUGCUUCAAAAGGAUCUGCGUAUUCUGCGGAAGCAGUCCGGGGAAGAAGACGAGUUACAAAGAAGCGGCCGUCGAGCUCGGAAAGGAGUUGGUGGCAAGAGGAAUUGAUUUGGUUUAUGGAGGUGGAAGUGUUGGUUUGAUGGGCCUCGUUUCUCACGCUGUUCAUGAUGGCGGCCGUCAUGUCUUACUAGUUAUACCCAAGUCUCUGAUGCCCAGGGAGAUUACCGGAGAGACGGUUGGGGAAGUUCUAGCGGUCUCAGACAUGCACGAGAGGAAAGCCGAGAUGGCUCGCCAAGCUGACGCCUUUAUUGCUUUGCCUGGUGGCUAUGGAACUCUAGAAGAAUUGCUUGAAGUCAUCACCUGGGCACAGCUUGGAAUUCAUAAGAAACCGGUUGGUCUUCUUAAUGUGGAUGGAUAUUACAAUUCAUUUCUUUCCUUCAUUGACAUGGCCGUCACAGAGGAAUUCAUCUCUCAAAAAGCUCGUCAUAUCAUAGUUUCUGCUCCAACAGCCAAUGAGCUCCUCAGGAAAUUAGAGGAAUAUGUUCCUCAACCUGAUGAUUUUGUUUCAAAGUUAUGUUGGGGGGUAGCAGAACAAGAAGGUGCAGGCUUUGUGGAAGAGGAAUGGCGUCAGCUUCUUUCUGAGAGAAGAUGGAAACCCUAGAACUGUUUUGCGUUUUUUGGGUGCUAAUUGAAUAUAAUCAAAUUACAGAGGGGCUUUUUGGAAGAAUAUCAACUUUUAAUUAUAGCAAAUAUGGCAUUUUUUUGUAGAAGAAAUUCAUAGUGGGGGAAUAUGCAAAGUGCUGUCAUAUUGUUUUGCUUUUUAUU